GCCACUUUCAGGAGCAGAUCCAGGUGCUGAAAUGUCUGAAAACAAGUUCAAAGAUGACACUGCUAGGUCGUCUGAAAACAGCAAGACUUUAGGUGUGGCCUAUACUUGCAGCAGUUGGACUAAGCGCAAGCUGAGCCGAAAAGAGAUCAUUGGAGAUUUCUUAAAACGUUCUGAUGAAGAAUCAGCAAAGUUUGUAGCAGAGCUAGGCCCUUCCCAAGCACAGCUUAACGUGGAAUACGGAAGCGAAGAAAGAGAAAAAGUAGACAUAUUUUCACCCGUAGGAGCUGAUAAAGGUAAAUUCAUUUACAUUGGUGUUUACUUAUUGAUCAAGCAAUAAUCAUGUAUUCAUUUUGUUUGUCGAAUCAACAUAGAAUAAUAUAAAACACAAAAUAGACAUUGUUCAUAAAAGUAAGUGACCAAAUAAUGUAGUGCUCUGUCAUGAUUAUUGAGUACCCAUUUACACCUGGGUGGAGGACGGCAAGUAUUGAUUGAUGUCUUGCCAAAGGAUCUUAGUGCUGGGCUAGAACGAGAUUCAAGUGAAUGAACCAUUUCACCAUGACACUCCACCGUCUCCGCCUGAACUUUUUAGCAGACAAAUUUAUUUAUUUAUUUAUUUAGAUUAUCUUUGGCAUGUGAAUUAUAGAGCGCUAUAUAAAUGACUUUAUUGUAUUGUAUUGUAUUGUAUUGUAUUGUCUUUUACCCUUUUUCAUCUUCUGUCCUUGUUUCUAUCAUCUACCUCAAAUUCCGCCCUACCAACAACUUCUUCUCGUCUUCAAAAAGAAUCUACAAAAAAUAACCUAUUCCGCUAAUAUAUGCAAAGCACAUUUAAAAAUUCGUAUUGAAAAAUCAUUAAAUGCAUUUUUAUCAUUUUUAAAAUAUUAUUCAUUAUCGAUAUUAUUAU